AGCCGGGAUCAGACAGACCUAACUUGGGCCGAGUAGAAAGAAGUUGAAGCAUGGCAGGGAGAGGGACCGCUUCCAUUGUGAUCCGCUUUGGCUCCAACCUGGCGCGCCGUUCCAAAGGAAACCGACUGGGUUUGCCACAUUGCCGCCACUUAAGCUGCAGCAGGAACCUUGCUCCUCCGAGUCCAAACGCCUGCCCUUUCCUGGUCUCUGCAUCAGGCACAAGGCAGCAAACCCGUCCUUUUCUGAGCCUGGCAGCCCCACUACUUGCUGCCAAGCAAAUAGAGUAUGCAGAAGUCCGUCAGCUCCCGUAUUCUGUUGACCAGAUGUAUGACAUUGUGGCAGAUGUGGGCAGCUAUCAGCGCUUUGUACCUUGGUGUACCUCCUCCCGUGUUAUUUCCCAUCGUAAUGAAUUCUCAGAGGCGGAACUGGAAGUGGGAUUCCCUCCAGUGGUAGAGCGCUAUGUGUCUGAGAUUUCCGCAGUGCCGAAUUAUCAGAUCCGGGCCGUGAGUAAAGAUGGGCAAUUAUUUCAGCAUUUGGAGACGCUGUGGCAGUUCAAGCCCGGAAAAGCCGACACCUGUAUGCUUAAGUUUUACGUCUCCUUUGAAUUCAAGUCAGUUCUCCACUCACAGUUGGCCAACCUCUUCUUCAGUGAGGUAGUCAAGCAGAUGGUAUCAGCCUUUGAGAAGAGAGCUGAGAAGCUAUAUGGACCACAGGUCGUAGCCCAACCACGCAAGGCUGUUCGCUGCACGUGACAAUGAGACCAAUUUGAAUCUGAGACUGCGGAAUCCAUCUUGUCCUAAAAAUCAUAACGUUGGAAGAGACUGCAUGGGCCAUCUAGUCCAACCCUUUCUUGAGAAAAAUAUUACUAUUGACCAUCUGAAGUCUGGAUCUCUUCCCAGAUACCCUUGCCUCACUAGCAAGCCUUUAAAGAACAUUACUUUAUUUAUAUCUAUUUAACGUAUGAAACCAUCAAAGUAAAUUAUUUCUCUGAUUAAGUUAUUUUAUUGAAAAUAUUGUCAGAAGUAAUUUAUUGGAUAUUUAAUUCAACUGGUCCGAGGAUGAUUCCUUGUUUUAAAGAAGACCAUUGGGACGGACUAAAACCAGCAUACUUGGGGAAGUUUUUAAAAGCUUUAUUUUUUUCUCAUAGGAAUACAAUAUUUUUGCAUUUGCAGAUUUAUUUUAAAUAUCAAUAAAAGCUAUAUUUAUUCUUA